CUUGCAACAACAUUCGUGUGGGUGUGACGACAGAAACCAGGAAACAUUUUACAGUCAGUGUGGUUUGACUUUAACUCUUCACCGGUAUCUGUUUGUUUGGGUCUUCACCAUCUGGACAGAGAGUUUCUUUGACAGGAGUGCCUGGAAGAUUUUCACUACUCCACUGUCUGAGAAGAUUUGAAAAAUGUUUCUGUCACUGGCUCCUUUCCUUUAUCUUUUGGCUGUCAUUACUUCAUCUGCCCACAGCGGAAACGUUCUGGUGUUUCCACAUGAGGGCAGCCACUGGGUGAACAUGAGGGUACUAGUUGAGCAGCUGCAUUCAAGAGGACAUGCUGUGACUGUGAUUCGGAAUUCUGACAGCUGGUACAUAAGUGAAACGUCUCCACAUUACACCAGUAUCACAGUGAACAUGGCUGGUGGUGGAACGGAGGAUUUUUUCCGUCAAUUUGUCUCUGAUGUUUUUCGAAUCAAACGAAGCAAGGGGUCUGCUUGGGCCCUACUGUCUUUACAGUUCGAGUUGAAAAACAAGUUCUUUGAACUGCACAAGAGAGUCAGCGAAGUAGUUACGCACAUACUUGAAAAUAAAGAGUUAGUCAAGUCCCUUCAAGACGCCAAGUAUGAUAUGGUUUUGACGGACCCUGCCAACGGAGGCGGGGUGAUGCUGGCUCACUAUCUUGGAUUGCCAUUAGUGUUUAAUGCUAGAUGGACUGCACAUGGCGAAGCCCAUUUUGCUAUUGCACCUUCUCCGCUUUCCUAUGUCCCGCUUUCACCUUCAGAAUUGACAGAUCAAAUGACUUUCUUUGACAGGGUCACAAACAUGGUCUUUUACUUCACGAGGAUGCACCUGUACAAGCAGAUAGUUGGCCCACAUUAUUCUGCAUUGUCCAGUCGCUACUUUGGUUCAACAGACUACUUUCCCCUGUUUCAAGCCGCAGACCUGUGGCUCAUGAGAGUGGACUUUGUGUUUGAGUUUCCUCGUCCCACCAUGCCUAAUGUUGUUUACAUGGGAGGGUUCCAGUGUAAACCCGCAAAACCUCUUCCACAACACCUAGAGGAGUUUGUGCAGAGUUCUGGGGAACAUGGGGUCAUCGUCAUGUCUCUGGGGACUUUGAUUGCAGAGCUUCCUCUUGACCUAGCUGAUGAGAUUGCUGCUACAUUUGCCAAAUUGCCUCAGAAAGUUAUCUGGAGAUAUAAAGGUGACAGACCAGCCAGUCUGGGCAACAACACCUUAAUAGUUGACUGGAUGCCACAGAAUGACCUCCUAGGACAUCCAAAGAUAAAACUUUUUGUAAGCCAUGGAGGAACAAACGGAAUAUAUGAGGCGAUUUAUCAUGGAAUUCCAAUUGUAGGAAUUCCCAUUGUGUUUGAUCAAGCCGACAACCUCUCCAGAAUGAGGGCAAAGGGUGUCGCAAAGGUUAUGGACAUUUCCGAAUUGGAUCGGAAAACUUUUCAGCGGGCCAUAGAGGAUGUUCUGAAUGAGCCCUCGUACAGGACGAACAUGCAGAGACUGUCCAGGCUGCACAGAGACACACCAAUGACGCCGCUGGAUACCGCCACAUUCUGGAUAGAGUUCGUCAUGAGACACAAAGGUGCAGCUCACCUGAGGACAGAGUCCUACAGAAUGCCCUGGUAUUCCUACCACUCUGUUGAUGUGGUUUUAUUUCUUCUAAUGAUUGUGCUGCUUGUUAUGUUAUUUUUUGCAGGGUUAGUGUGGUCAUGCUAUCGAAUGUGUUUCAAAAGAAAAGUGAAAUCCGACUAACCAGGAAAGAAGGAUUCAUCAGUUUCAUAUGAAUGUUUUGCUGUAGUACAGCGCUGUGAUUUGCAGAGCAGGCUGUAAUCCUGUUGGAAUGUCGAAAUUACUUAGAUUUGUUUGUCAUUUGUGUUUUUAAUAGAUAUGUGAUAUGUAUGCGUACAUUAGUUUGUUUAAAUAAAUGUAGAAAUAAACUUGUCAAAGGAG